AAGUAAACGCAGUCCCAGUAUAAAACCCUACCGUGGUGCACCGUCCCACAUUGUUCAAGCUCUGAGGGCACAGCGACCAUGAAGGCUGUUGUGAUCGCCCUGCUGGUGGCAGUCCUGUGUGCGAGGCAAGCUUCCUCACUGUUUUGCUACACGUGCGACAAUGAGCACUCCAACUGGAACUGUCUUAAAACCUACAAGUGUGAAGACCAUGAGAAAUACUGUACAACCACGUACAGCAGUGCUGGAUUAGGCAAGGACAUGGGAUAUCGCAUCACCAAGAAAUGUUCUGCAGACUGUCCUGAGACAAACGUGAACUUCGGCGUGGCGGCUUAUUCCACCAAAUGCUGCAAAACCUCCCUGUGCAAUUUCAGUGGGGCCAACAGCAUAAAAAUCAGCUAUGGUGUGAUGCUCCUGGGAAUUGUGGCCAGUAUGAUCUGUGUCAUCAGGGCCGGAUUGUGAUGAGGGGUGGGCGAAGAUAUGACAACCCAAGAACCUACAAGGUAUUCCCCCAGCUAGGAAAUGAAUAUCCUCUGUCAAAUGUCCCCAACAGAGUCUAUGCUACCCUGUUUUUUUCCAAGACAUUAUUUCAGGUCCCAUCCACAAAAUGGUGUGGCAGCGUAGCUCCUCUUUUUUUUCCCCUGUAUCAUUUGUUGUUUUGUACUAAUUUUCCCUGGGAAAGCUCUUUUGAUAGCAUAUGUAUGACAAUUGUCAGGCAAAAUAAAGAUUUAUGUUAUUCUAGAG